AGAACAGCCUUAUCAAUUUGUGUGGCGAAGAAUGAGAUAGCGAUACGAUACCCCCAAUCAACGAGCGUCUUCCCCUUUCCAUCCGAUUUCUCCACCGCAUUGCCGCUCCCACACUCUGCUUCCAGAUCCGCCAUUAGCAUCUCACUCAAAGCUCAAGCUCAAGCUCAGUAGCCAUGGCGAACGUGAUCAUGGCCUCUUCGAAGCCCCUCUCCCCACCUUCCAUCUCCACCAAGCCAAAAUUCGCUCUCCCCCUCCCCAAAACCCUAAACCAAUUACUCCUUAGAAAGCCCCAAUUCGCGGCCCUCUCAUCCUCCACUCUCAAAUCCCUCUCCCUCUUCGCCGCCACAUCGCUCUCCUUCGCGCCCCCUUCCCUCGCCGAGGAAAUCGAGAAGGCCGCCCUGUUCGACUUCAACCUCACUCUCCCCAUCAUGAUGGCCCAGUUCCUGCUCCUCAUGGUCGCCCUCGACAAGAUCUACUUCUCCCCUCUCGGCAAGUUCAUGGACGACAGAGACGCCGCCAUCAAGGAGAAGCUCAACAGCGUCAAGGACACCUCCGGGGAGGUCAAGCAGCUGGACGAGCAGGCCGCCGCCGUCAUGAGGGCAGCCAGGGCAGAGAUUUCCGCCGCCCUUACUAAGAUGAAGAAGGAAACUCAGGCGGAGGUGGAGCAGAAGCUUGCGGAGGGCAGGAAGAGAAUUGAUGCGGAGUUGCAGGAGGCGUUGGCCAAUUUGGAGAAUCAGAAGGAGGAGACCAUUAAAUCCCUCGACGCCCAAAUCGCCGCUCUCAGCGACGAGAUCGUCAAGAAGGUCCUUCCCGUUUAAAUCCAUUUCUCUUCCCUAGGGCUCAAAUUUGGAAUACCAAUCCUUCAUUUGGGUUUUUUGGUCACAUCUGGUAUUAUAAUUUCUACUUCUUUUGUAAUCACUCUGCCUUGUAACAAUUGAAUGUAUAAACAAUUAAACAUGCUCUUUUUUCCCUCUUUUCA